GCACUCAACAACUGAUGCUUGGAAAUGAAGUUGACAUUAUCAGUGGGAAUUCUCGGGAAUUCUUCAGUUCGGCCCUCGCAAUCAUGUGACUUGGCGUCUGUUUUCAGGCAGGAGCAGGAAACAUGAGGCGGUUGCCUGGUGGCGACGCGAGUCGUGCCUUCAGGCCGCGGUGGAGUGGCACGCUCGCUAUUUUCCGCUUCAUCUCAACGAUUUUUGUCGUUUUCGAGCCCUGAUGAUGAGUCGACUCAAACAUGACGAUUAUUUCUCAAUGGUUUCUUGAUUGCCCAAGCUUCCCCAUUUGCAAUUCAUUCUCCUCGCGAUGCCACCGCCACAACCCAAGCUGCCUCCGCCGGCGGAGCCACGAUACAGCCGCAGCUUCGAUCCAUGGAACUCGGUAGCGGCAGGCCACCAGCGACCGGAAACCCGCGGCCCGCAGGGAUGGCGCGAGUCGCGGAAUCUGAAAAUGAACAGCCAGUUCCGAGCGGGAAACUCGGGCGGCGCGCGCAUCUCAGACACGGUCGGCGUCGGCUCCGAGAAUUUUGACGAGCGUCUCGGCAUGCUCGUGCCCAAAGAGGUCCGGUCUCGCGCCAUGAAGAGCGCGGCCGACAUGUUGCGGAACCCGGGGACCAUGCGAGCACCGUCAGCAUCAUCAUCCACACGAGCUUUCCCACCGGGAGAAGGGACGGGAAGUGAAGAGGGCAUCAAGGACCCCAGUCGUCUGACAGCCGAGGAGAGACUCAGUCUGGUUCGUAAGGCAGAAGACGAGGCGCGCGAGGAGGAGGAGACCCAACGAGCCCGAGAGCGCAACAUCUUCGACGGCCUGGUCGUUUACGUCAAUGGAAGCACACACCCGUUGGUGUCAGAUCACAAGCUCAAGCAUUUGCUUUCCGAGAACGGUGCGCGCAUGUCUCUCCACCUGGGCCGCCGGCAGGUUACCCACGUCAUCCUGGGGAAGCCGUCCGGCCCGAACGGAGGUGCCGGCGGUGGCCUGGCGGGCGGCAAGCUGGACAGGGAGAUCCGGCGGGUUGGCGGCUGCGGCAUCAAGUUUGUCAGCGUCGAAUGGGUGCUGGAGAGCAUCAAAGCCGGCAAGCGACUUCCCGAGGCGCGCUUCGCCAAUCUCAAAAUCGCCGCUCGGAGUCAGCAGAGUGUUCUCGGAGCCUUCUCGAAGGCCGACGGGAACACGCAGCAGCCAACCGAGAGCACCCCUGGGAGCUGACACACACCGCCCCUUGGUAGACGUUUACGCUCCCCCCACUGCCCUACCUGCUUUUUGCUUUUCCAUUUCCUUUUUUCUCUUCCCUCUGGUUAUUCUCACAGACGAUGGCGAAGGUGGGACAAGGCUACCGUGUAAGGGCCUGUCUUGUUUGCUACAGCCACGU